AUGUUGCCCGUCUUGUUUUGUUGUCUUUUUAGAAAUCUUUUCAGGUUCCCCUUGUCUGACAUCAUCAAAACAAGUGUGUCAAUAGUGUAUCCCGAAAUUCCACGAUUUUUGGUCGUGUUUGGAACCUUUUUUUUCCUGGAAAAUUGCCGUGACUUGGAGGUAGACAACCCUUUUUUUAAGACAAAGCCACGGCCUGGCAGACUCCAACCCUACAGGCUUUGGUCGGAGUGCCCUGGACAUCAUGAAGGACAAGCGCCGUGGCGACCUGGCCAGCUGGCUCCAAAGCUUGGGCGAAGGGAAGCGCGGUGCCUUGAAGCACUGGACCUGGGCCGCGCAGAUGUCUUGGGCGUGCUGCUGCUGCUCUUCAGUGCCAUCAGCACCUGGAAAACGGAGCUGAGCUUUCCUCGGGGAGCCAUAGCCAUAGUACAAUAUGAAGAGUUAUAA